AUGUCCUCUGGCGGUGCAGCACUGCAGCCAACCUUUCAGGGCCAUGUGGCGACCACACAGGAUGCGCUCAUCCUCUUCGAAGCAUGCUUGCAAGGUCAUCUCUCACAUGUGCCUCGAAGACCCCACGAUCGAGAACGAAGUAGCCUAAUAAGGAGCGGUUCAGUCUUCAUCUACGAGGAAAAUGCGUCGGGGAUCAAGAGGUGGACGGAUGGUGUUACGUGGAGUCCCAGUCGGAUCUUGGGCAACUUCUUGGUCUAUCGCGAGCUGGACAAACCAUUCCCGCCGGGCGAGAAAAAGCGCGCCAUGAAGAAGCAGCAGAGACGGCCGAGCAGACCUGGAGAACCUUACCCAAGGCCCGAAGCAACCUCCUUCUCAGAUAACCAACCUGCUGGUUUUGGUGCAGACAGGAACGCGUCAGAGAUCGAAAGACAACUGAUCGGUUCACUGGUAGACUCAUAUGGCUUCAAGGCAGAUGGCCUGGUCAAGAAGACCAUGAGUGUUACCGUCCAGGGCGUUACGCAUCAUUUGGUCUCAUAUUAUCACCUCAAUGACGUGAUGUCAAAUCAGCUGCGAACACCUUCGCAGACGGAAAACCUGCAGUAUAUUCGUCCCCGGACCGAAUUGAUAUCCAAGCAAAGCUUCCGUUCACCCAUUGAGGACGUUGACGAGGUUGAAGGUGCUCCAGGCGCGUACGGAUACCGCGUCAAUACAGGUGGCUACAUGCAGAAUAAUACACAACAAGCGCAGUAUUACAUGCCCCAAAAUUACCCUCCGAUGGCCCAGCAACCGGGCGCGCCAGGCUAUGGUAUGGGAGUUCCAUCCAUGCCUGCGCCUUAUCUGCAGUCUCCAGUCUCUGCACCGCCAAUGCAAGGCCAGCGACCUGACUACAACCAGUAUGACCAGACUGCUUACAACAGAGCUUACGAUCCAUCUUCAAGAUCACUUCCAGCAACUCCCACAUCCAUGCCUUCAAUGAUGCCAGAUCGGAAUCAGCCGCAGCCUGGUGGCAUGUACCCACCUAUGAGUAUGCAGCGGCCCAUGAACAACUUGAGUCCUGUGUCUAUGGAUUCUCGCAAUCCAGUGCCAUACAGAUCCAGUCCCUACCCUGUGAAUACAGCUGCACCACAGAUGGAUCACACGCGACAGAGCCAGCCGUCUCCUAAUCAAAUCAAAUACGAAGAUCGUCGGGAGUCUGGACAGCAGCCAUCUCAAACUUAUCAGAGCCCACGAGCCCCGUAUUAUCCUGAAGGGGCCGGCCAGCAGAUACCACAGCCGCAAUACUCGCAGCCUCCCCAGAUGGCGCAGUGGACACCACAGCCCCAUCCUCCGCAGUAG